AUGAAGCUCACGACAAUCGCCGCUGCCCUUGUGGCGACGGCAUCUGCGUCAUACAGCACCGGCGAGAAACGCGAGACCAGCUUCUGGUAUGCCAACUUGGAUCACACGGGCCCGUAUAGAGGAUAUGCACCAGAACUAGGCGUCAAUGCCUCGACGUAUUCAGUCUACAAGGCCGUGAGCCCCGGAGCAUCGGCCGUCGAGAUCCAAGCCGCCAUCAACGACGAUGAUAACGGAGGGAGCCGGCAUUCGCAGUGGCUGGCCUCGCAGCCGAGAGUAGUCUAUAUCCCGCCCGGAACAUAUGAGAUCAACCAGACAAUCUACUUUAACACGGACACGAUUCUCAUGGGUGAUGCGACGGAUCCUCCGGUUUUCAAAGCGGCGGCUGAUGGAUUCACCGCAGACCAAACUCUUGUUUCUGGCCAGGAUCCUGGUACUGGUGAGCAGGGAGAGUUGUCAUUUGCCGUCGCCUUGAAGAAUAUUGUGCUUGACACUACAGACAUUGAUGGAGGCACUGCCUUUACUGCACUCUGGUGGGGAGUCGCCCAGGGCGCGCAAUUACAAAAUGUCAAAAUCACCAUGGCAUCUUCUAUCAAUGGUGUCGGCCAUAGUGGUAUUCGUCUCGGCCGCGGCUCUACCCUUGGACUAUCAGAUGUUCGCAUUGAGCGAGGUCAGAACGGCAUCUGGCAUAAUGGUCACCAGCAAGCCUCAUACAAGGGCAUCUACUUUUACGAAAACGCGGUCGGCAUGUUAAUCGACGGCGGCUACACCAUCAGUCUCCUGGCGCCCACUUUCGAGACUGUUGGGACCGCCGUCUCCUGUACGGGAGGUUACCCCUGGAUCUCCAUUGUCGAUGCCAAAUCCAUCAACUCGGGCGUCACCUUCAACACCACGUCGUACCCGUCCUUUCUCAUUGAGAAUCUGAUCAAGGAUACCGACUCGGACGUGGCCGUGGUUGUCGAGGGUACCGUGCUCGCGGCGCCGACCAACGGGCACGUGGACCAGUUCUCGUACGCCAACACGGUCGAUCGCGAUCCCAUAUACGGCGGCGUCAGCUCCUCAAGCGCGCGACCAGCGGCCCUGGCACCGGGAGGCUACUACCCCGUGAUACCCGCGCCCAACUUUGCAGCGUACCCCGUGUCCGACUUUAUCAACAUCCGGGACCCGUCCCAAAACGGCGGCCACAUCGUCCUCGGCGACAAUAGCGGCGACGACGCCGCUGCCCUCAACGCCGUGCUGGCCUACGCGGCGAGCGAGCACAAGAUUGCGUAUUUCCCCUUUGGCAAGUACCGCGUCGACGACACGCUGGUGAUCCCAACGGGCUCCCGCAUCGUCGGCGAGGCCUGGUCGACCAUCACGGGCCACGGCGACGCCUUUAGCGACGCGGCAAAUCCCAAGCCCGUUGUGCAAGUCGGCCGCGCAGGUGACGUUGGCAUUGCCCAGAUCCAAGACAUGCGCUUUACAGUCUCGGAUGUCCUCCCCGGAGCCAUUGUACUGCAGUUCCAGGCAGCGGGGGCGGCGCCGGGUGAUGUUGGGCUGUGGAACUCGCUCAUCACGGUCGGGGGCACGCGCGGAUCGCUGGACGAGGCUGGAGAAUGCGCCGAUGCCGCGGACCAGUGCCGUGCGGCGUUCCUGGGCAUCCACCUGGCGCCGUCGUCGUCGGCGUACAUUGAAAACGUCUGGAACUGGGUGGCCGACCACGCCACCGAGGGGGAAGACUCCAACGGCAGUGGCUCGCACAUUGCGGCCAAGGGCGGCGUCUUGGUCCAGGCCACGCGUGGCAGCUGGCUGUACGCCUUGGGUAGCGAGCACUGGUGGCUAUACCAGCUGAACCUGUUUGGGGCGUCCAAUGUCGUCGUGUCCUUGCUCCAGUCCGAGACCAACUAUGACCAGGGCUCCAACGCCGAGCAGGUCGUCCCCGCGCCGUGGACCCCCGACGCCACGAAUUGGGGAGAUCCGGACUUUUCCUGGUGUGAUGAUGCCAGUAGUAAUGGCACCUGUCCCAUGGGUUUCGCCAACUACAUCCAGGGCGGCGAGAACAUUUACACCUACGCAUCAGCGUCGUGGGCCUUUUUCAGCGGACCUGGGUACCAAGCGUGCGACGGAGAUUGUCAGGAUGUUGUCCAUUGGAUCACCGAGACGCCAGACAAUCUCCAGGCGUUUGGAUUGUGUAGUAAAGAUACUUAUUCGGGACUCCGCCUAGCCAAUGGAACGGAUAUAAUCACAGAGAACGGGUUCACCGGUAGCUGGGGCGGUGAUGUUGGACGCUACACGCCCUAA